UGACGUAGUACCCACCAGGUGUUUUUUCAACGAAGUGAAAGUAUCCUCUCCCAAUACCCAAGAAGAUUAAAACUUUAACAGAGAAACAGAAUGAAGUAGUUGCUAAUUACAGAAAAUGUCAGUAAUGCAUAAUGUCAGUAAAGCUGUACAUGACAGAGUAUCCAUCAAUAAUCCACAUAACAGCUAUGGGAUUAAUUGUGAGGGAGCUGUAAAUGCCAUGGAUCUCAACAGAGAUUUCUCAAGGGUAGUUGUAGCAGGUAGAAAUGUUUUUAAGAUAUAUACAGUAGAAGAUGAUGAAUUCACAGAGAAAUUUAACCUUCGAGUUGGACGUAAACUGAAUUUAGAUUUUAGUGUCUCUGAUGUUGCUUGGAGUCAUAUUGAUGAUAAUAUAUUAGCCUCAGCAGCUACAAAUGGUAAAGUUGUUAUAUGGGACUUGAAUAAACCUUCUAAAAGUAAACAAGAUUUUAUCUUCCAGGAGCAUACUCGUACAGUUAAUAGAGUAUGUUUCCAUCAGGUUGAAGGCAACUAUAUACUUAGUGGUUCUCAUGAUGGAUCUCUGAAGAUAUUUGAUAUCCGACUUAAGAGAGUAGCCUCUACUUUUUCAGUAGGAUCAACUAGUAUACGUGAUGUUCAGUUCUGUCCAUCAAACUUUAAUUACUUUGCCUUUGCAGCAGCUGAUGAGGGUGGAAAUGUACAGAUUUGGGAUAUGCGAAGGUUAAACAGUCCAGAAAAGCAGUUUACUGCUCAUGGUGGACCUAUGUUCUGUUUAGACUGGCAUCCAUCAGAACCAAAAUGGCUAGCUACAGGUGGGCGAGAUAGGACAAUCAAGAUUUGGGAUCAUUCUAUGGGAAAGUUACUCCAUAGUGUACCUACCAUAGCCUCCGUAGCCAGGAUUAAGUGGCGUCCAGAACGGAAGUACCAUAUAGCUAGUUGUUCGUUAGUGAUAGACUUUAGUAUCAAUGUAUGGGAUGUACGAAGACCUUAUAUACCCUUUGCUUCAUUUGAGGAACAUAAAAAUGUUGCUACAGGAAUUGUAUGGAAAAAAGAUGAUGGUCAUACGUUCUAUAGUAGUGGCAAAGAUAACUUCCUAUACCAACAUGUGUUCAAAGAUGCAAUACGUCCAGCAGACAAAGUAGUACCUGAUGGUCUUGAUGUCAGUGUUAUUGGACAUGUAACUCAAGCUACUAAAGACAAGACAAAGUCACUAGGUGCUUGGCAUAGAGAGAAGAAGAAAUACUCCAUGUUUAGUAAACAACCUGAUAAGGGAGAUCAGUUUAUUGAUGCUAAAAGUUUUGUUUUCUCCUAUACAAACUGCCAUCAGUUACUAUCUAUGGAAUGGUUUGUCAAUUGUGCCAAGCAGUAUAUUCUUCAUGGAAGAUCUUUUGAAGAAAUGUGUGAACAUAAUGCUCAAGUCUCAGAUCAAAAUGACAGAUUCCAGGUUGCACAGAGUUGGAGAAUGUUGAAAGCAAUUUAUACAAAACCAACCGUAACUAAGAACUUACUGAGAACAGAGUCUGUUAUGUCUAAUGUUAGUGAAAAGCCUAAAGAUAAAGUUAAUCAGCCAGAUACCCCCAAGUCUACAGAGAAAGAUAAACAAACAAUGGAUGCUACCUCAGAGGAUGAUGAUAUGACUGAUACAGACCUGUCCAGUAUUGCCAGAGGACAGAUUAAUCCACCUGUGGAAUGGGAUAUUUUAUUUGGAGGAGCAGAUGUGGAACAAUCUUUUCCAACAUUUGGUCAUAUGGAAAAUAUUGGACCAGAUUUUAAAUUACCAAAAGAGGCUUUUGUGCCAAGACAUGAGAUAAAGGAUCCCUCAGAGGUCCCUAAACAGAACAAUCAAGACUCACCACCUUUAAGUGCAAAUGAAACUGAGGCAAACCCUGCAAACAACCACAAUGCCAAGGUCAAUGAGGACAUAAACAUGUUAUUACUGAUGAAAGAAGUUGAGAUAUCCGAGUUUGCAUUUACUGAUUGUGUGGAACAAAUGUUAAAAUACUUUGCUGAAGAGGGAGAUGUACAGACCACAGUAUGCAUGUUAGUAGUUCUAGGAGAACGAAGACCUAAAAUACCUGAAGAGAUACAAGAUGAUUGGUUUAUAUCUUACCUAGAGUUAUUAGCGAGGUUCAAACUGUGGACUAUAUCAAACACAUUGAUAAAUUUGAGUCACUUAGGCAGCAUUUCUAUGAUGAAUCAUCAGUCAACAACUAUCAAUGUCACAUGUAACCAGUGUAAUCGUGUGUUAACCAAAGUGGGUUGGCUGUGUCAUAAAUGUAAAUCUGUGAUCAAUUCCUGUGCUGUAUGCCACUUACCUGUGAAAGGAUUGUUUGUUUGGUGUCAAGGUUGUUCUCAUGGAGGUCAUAUAAAUCAUAUACAGGAAUGGUUAACAAUCAGUAAACAAUGUCCUACUGGUUGUGGUCAUAUAUGUGAAUAUACCUGAUAUCUAUUAUCACAGACAACGCAGAAAAGAUGACUCUGCUCCUUAGUGUAUGAGUUCAGGAAAUAGUUCACAGAGCAACAGGAAAAGAGUAUGAAAGACAGAGUAAGUUAGUGUGUGUAAAGCUCCAACAGGGAAAUGAACUAAUAUGAUUGAGCAAAGAUUAUUGACAUCAAAGAAAUGAAUGGUACAGCAGAGGAAAAGUUUACUGUAAUGAUAAACAUUUAUCUUAAUCAGGGUGCAUGAAACAAAUUACUGAAAACAAGAUCACAAAGAUUCUAUGGUAUUAUUAUGUUUUAUUUUAAAUGUUUAUAAUAACUUUAUUUACGUUUUCAAAAUGUUUGUUUUUUGUUUAUGAAUUGUAUAUCUGUUAUUGACAAAUUGUUGAUAAACACAUUUUCCACAGUGUAACAAAUAAAUCUCAAACUGUUUAAAUAUGUAUGAAUACUGUUAACCAACUAGUUUUCAGGACUUUCGCUAAAAGAAAAAUAACAUGAAUACAAAUUGUCACGAAAAUUUAGUACUUGGAUCUUGCCUUGACUUAUUAAGAACUUUUAAAAAUCAUGAAAUUGAAUGAAUGCAAAUUGGGUUAGAAAGGCUAAAUACAAAAUAAAAUACCUGUGAAAAUAAGUUGGUUUACAGUAAUAAAUUAUUAUGAUUUAUAUUUAUUUCAAUUUUACAGAAGUAGAACAAUACAAUUAUGAUAAUUGUGAUAUUGUGUAAUUUUUUAAAAUGAUGCUAUUCAAGUCAAGGUUGUUAUUUGAUGAAUAUUUUGAAUGCUAAAGUUUUUUAUUGUAAUUACUUUAGGUCCAUUUAAUUCAAUGAUGAUGUUCUAUUUUUACAAUGUCUCAGACUCUUCUUGAAUUAAAAAUAGUUUUUUUUUAAAGAGUUUGAAAUAUAAAUUGUAAAUGAGCUAGAUGUUCAAAUUGAAUCUCUGUGGUAUACUGUUACAAGAAUUAUCCUGACAAGUAUGGCUUUGAAUUGUAACUACGUUAUAUUACUGACCAAAAUUAAUAGAAUUCAGUGUAUUUUGAUGAAGAUACAUGUUAAAUGUAUUUUCUGAUCAUCUCAGACACAACUAAGAAAAACAUACUUUAAAGUUUGGCAUGGUUCAGCUGACCCUGACUUCAUUUUCAAGUCAUCAUUAAUGAUUAGUGUAUGUGAAACUUGUAGUAAAACUUUUAUAUUUUUUGUCAAACAUAAAUUCAAUCAAGAUAUGUUAAGCACACGAGAAAUUUCAGUGUGUUUACUCUUGUUUGAAUUACACAUAAGAAUAGGUUAUCAAAAAUACUUAAGCUUAAAAUUUACUGGGGAUUUGGGAUCUCUUCUGUGAUUAUCAUUGGAAUAAUAGCAGUAGUAGUAUACCUCUGUUCAAAAGUCAUAAUCGCAUUAGAAAAAACAAAUCUGGGUAACAAAUGAAAACCAAGGAAAACAACAACGGGACAACAGAAAUACUGAAGUUAGAUAGUUAGGAACAGUUGAUAAUUGAACGCCAUGUAAAUGUGAAUCUUAAAGUAAUGCCAUAAAGGCAAUGAGCUACAUUCAAGUGCUAAAUUAAAAGUAAAUUUAUAACAUUUAUUAAGUACAAGAGAUCUUACAAGUCACUGGGUAAUAAUAUAUUUAUGCAAUUGUUAUAUUGUAAUGUGCCAAAUUAUUGAUAUUAAAUUAUGAAAAUCAAA